AUGAAGGGCGCGGCCGCGUGGAGGGGCCACGGCGGCGUGGCGGCGGCCGUGGCGGACCACCUCGGCGCGAGCGUCGGCCCCGGCGCGCGGAGGGCCAGGCUCUGCCUCUACGGCGUCGCGCUCGCCUUCGCGCUCUUCGCCGCCUUCCUCGCCUUCGCGCCCUCGCUCCCGGCCCCCUCCUCGCCCUCGCCCUCCGCCGCGUGGCUCGGCGGCUUCCUCGCCUCCGCCUCCCCCUACCGCGCGCAGGUCUCGGGCUUCUUCUCCUCCCUCUUCCCCGCCAACUCCUCCUCCUCCUCCUCCCCAGUUGUUCCCGGCGGCGUGGUCGGGCCGAGGCGGAGCGGUGGCGGGUUCCCGUCGGGCGGCGAAGCGGGGACCAACGGUUCCAGUGCGAGUCUUCCCGGCGAGCGACCGGGAAGCGGAGGCGGCAGCGGUUCGGGAGGAGUUCGCACCGACAUCUCCGCCCCCGUUAACGCCACCGCUUCCGCGGCGCGGUCCAGCGCGCCGCCCAACGAUCACGUGCUCGACAAUCCCGCGGCCAGUAAUUCCUCAGGGACCGCUGGUGCUGACGCCAAGGCCGGGGCUGGACUCCGCGGCGACAUCUCCGCCUCCGGUAACGGUACUGCUUCGUCCGCGCGGAGCAACGCGCCGCCCCAUGAUCACGUGGGAGGCGGCGGUGGUGCGAGCAGUAAUUCCACAGAGAUCGCCGGUGCUGCGAGCAGUAAUUCCUCAGGGAUCGCCUCGGGUGCCGACGCCAAGGCUGGGGCCAACACGAUCGGCGGUUCGGCCCAGAAUGGCACCGCGGCGACAGCAGGAGCGCCAAUUCUGGCCAUCAAUGGCCCCGGGGCGAAUGCAAGUUCAGCGGACCCGCCAACAAGCAACGGAACAUCUGCCCCCUUCAUCAGUCAGACCGGGAGUGCAGUUUCAGCGGCGACGCACAGCAACGGCGACGCGCCGCCGAGAAGAGGGGAUCCCAGCAAGAAGCGCACCGCUCAGGAUUCGGCGGCCGGCAGUACUCAGAAGCAGAGCACUAGCAGAGCUCCUGCUGCUUCAGCUGGAAGCAGCAACAGUACGAGGAAUCCGCAGAAGGAAACGACUGCAACGUCUUCUCAGAGGAGUGCCGGCAACAGCAGCGCGGUGCCGGUGAUGGGGAAUGCGCCGCCGGCGAAAGGGGCCGCGAUUGCCGGCGGUGGCCGGAACAAGGAGUAUUCCGUCGAGGAGAUGGGAAGGUGCGACAUGUUCUACGGGAACUGGGUCCGGGACGACUCGUACCCUCUCUACGCGCCGGGAUCCUGCCCGCACGUCGACGAGUCCUUCAACUGCUUCCUCAACGGCCGCCCUGAUAAGGAUUACCAGCGGCUCCGAUGGAAGCCCAGCGGAUGCAGCAUCCCAAGGUUGAAUCCAACUGAUAUGUUGGAGAGGCUGAGGGGAAAGAGACUGGUGUUUGUUGGUGAUUCACUCAAUAGGAACAUGUGGGAAUCACUUGUUUGUAUCUUGAGAAAUUCUAUCAAAGACAAGAGGAAAGUGUUUGAGGUAUCUGGGAACCACAAGUUCAGGGCCGAGGGCUCGUACUCUUUUUUGUUUCAGGAUUACAAUUGUACAGUGGAGUUCUUCCGGUCCCCUUUCCUUGUUCAGGAGUUGGAGGUUCCUCUCAAACAUGGAAAGGUCAAGGAAACUCUUAGGCUUGACAAAAUCGACCGGUCAUCCUCAAGGUACAAGAAUGCAGAUAUUAUUGUCUUCAAUACUGGGCAUUGGUGGACACAUGAGAAAACUUCUCUAGGGAAAGAUUACUAUCAGGAAGGCGACCAAGUAUACAGUGAGCUGAAUGUGCAUGAUGCCUAUCGGAGAGCUCUAAACACCUGGGCCAAGUGGGUUGAUUCAAAUGUGAAUCCCAAGAAAACAACUGUCUUUUUCAGAGGCUACUCGGCCUCCCACUUCAGCGGGGGACAAUGGAAUUCAGGGGGCAGCUGCGACAAGGAGACUGAGCCGAUAACAAACGAGCAGUACCUCAUACCAUACCCACAGAAGAUGAGCAUUCUGGAGGAGGUGCUCCAUGGGAUGAAAACACCUGUCGCCUAUAUGAACAUUACAAGGAUGACCGACUACAGGAAGGAGGGACACCCUUCAAUCUAUCGCAAGCAGAAGUUGAGCGAGGAGGAGCGGAAGGCGACUGAGCUAUACCAGGACUGCAGCCACUGGUGCCUUCCUGGAGUGCCCGACUCCUGGAACGAGGUCCUCUAUGCAAAGAUUCUGGUCAAGCAACAUCAGAUGCUGCACCAAUAAAGGCAAGUGACAAAUUGCUUGUUCCUGUACAUGAGGUUUGUUGUUGUGGAAUGCCAGUCUGUUUAGGAUAAUAACCAGCCGUAGCGGUCAAGGCAUAUAUAGUUGACAAAAGUGAUAGGGCAAGGACUUGGAAUCCUUGCAUAGAGCAAACUAGGCAGUUUGUCAGAUAUAUCAUAUCUGACUUUUGAUACCAAUAGGAAAUCUGUAUAGGAUCAUAGGAGUUUAUGAUGUAAAAUUCAUAUCCAGCUAGCAGUAAUCAGAAACAAAGAAUAGUGUAUACUGCAUCGAAAAUUCAGAAUAACUCUCUGUUUU